AUGUUAUCUAUCUAUCUAUCUAUCUAUCUAUCUAUCUAUCUAUCUAUCCCAGUCUGUUUCAAGCCUAUCUAUCUAUCUAUCUAUCUAUCUAUCUAUCUAUCAAUCCCAGUCUGUUCAAUCCUAUCUAUCUAUCUAUCUAUCUAUCUAUCCCAGUCUGUUCAAGCCUAUCUAUCUAUCUAUCUAUCUAUCCCAGUCUGUUCAAGCCUAUCUAUCUAUCUAUCUAUCUAUCUAUCUAUCUAUCUAUCUAUCUAUCUAUCUAUCUAUCCCAGUCUGUUCAAGCCUAUCUAUCUAUCUAUCUAUCUAUCUAUCUAUCCCAGUCUAUUCAAGCCUAUCUAUCUAUCUAUCUACCCUUCCCGCUACCUUCUACUUGUCUAUAUUAAUAUCUAUGUACAAAUCUCUCUAUAUUCAUGUGUGUCUAUCUAUCUAUCUAUCUAUCUAUCUAUCUAUCUAUAUCAGUCUGUUCAUAUCUAG